AUGGAAGUGGAGACGGAAGAACUCCAUGCAGAGGAUGCGACCCACGUGCGCUUCAAGGAACAUGGUGAAAAGGUUCAUUGUGCGGAGAUCUUGACAGGAAAUCCAGGUCAAGCGGAAACUUCUGAAAGCCGCCAGGGCUUGUGGCAUUGGCUCAACUCCUUCGGUUGCCUUCCAUCGGUAUCCAGGCGCAACAGUGAGGAAGGCUUUCCAGCCCCCGUGGAUGCGGAAGUGUCAUCAACGCCAAGGGCUUCUGAGGGUGCCUCGCCGAUCCACUCGCCUUAUGGUCAGCCGGUACUCGAACAAAAAGACCCCAAAAAGUCCCCAGGACGUCCUACAAGUCCUACAAGUCCCGCGAGUCUCAAUUUGGGCCGAAGUAGCACAGAGGCGCGUUGCCUUGUCUAUGUCCGUCGGGGCGGAAAGGGCUGCGACAAGCUACUGGAUGAGGUGAGGCAGCGGAUUCCAGGCCAGCUCCAGGAGCAGAUCGACGUCUGCAACCAGCAGGUCCUGGGCAACGCCGUCGAGCGCGUCGUGGCCGAUGUGAUGCGGUGCUUGCGACAGCUCCAGGGCGACACCUCGGAUGGCCAGGAGAUGCAGGCUAUCCUGAGAACAGCCGACUGGGUACGUUCUGAGGCCGGCAUGAGCAUGACCCGCGCCUAUCUGCUGCGUGCUUGUUGGCGCCUCCACAUCCCAUGGCUUCCAGAGGAGCUGUGCCCCACUGCUCUGCCGCCCGACUUCCGGAUGUAUUACGGACGCGCGGCUCGGCAGUUGCUGCUAGAUGCACUCAUCAGGCAAGGGCAGCACGACGUUGCCGGCCUUGCCGCCUCGGGGGAGGCAGAUGCCUUCGCGCCCCCAGAGAUGCAGGAGUGGCUCAAGGAACGUGGGCUUUGA